CGGCUUCCGGUCGGCCCCGGACUCUGCCCCAGGGCCUGUCAACACGGCCGGCCAUGGCUCCUCUGCGUUUCUCCGCGAAUCUGUCGUGGUUGUUCCCCGAACUCUCCGGCCUCCCCGCACGGCUCCGGGCCGCGGGCAGCUCGGGUUUCGAGGCCGCCGAGGUCGCCUGGCCAUACGCAGAGCCGCCGGAGGCGCUGGCGCGCUCGGCGCGGGACGCGGGACUGCGGCUGGUGCUGAUCAACACGCCCCCGGGAGACCAAGGGAAAGGGGAAAUGGGGCUGGGCGCCGUUCCUGGGAGGCAGGCGGCUUUCCGAGAGGGACUGGAGCAGGCUGUGCUGUACGCCAAGGCUCUGGGCUGUCCCAGCAUUCACCUGAUGGCUGGCCGUGUACCCUGGGGGGCUGACCGAGCAGCGGUCAAGAGUGAGAUGGAGACUGUUUUUCUGGAGAACCUGAGGCAUGCAGCUGGGGUUUUGGCUCAGGAGAACCUCGUGGGACUGCUGGAGCCCAUAAACACCCGCAUCACUGACCCCCAGUACUUCCUGGAUACCCCCCAGCAGGCGGCAGCCAUCUUAGAGAAGGUUGGAAGACCCAACCUCCAGUUACAAAUGGACAUAUUCCACUGGCAGAUCAUGGAUGGGAACCUGACAGGAAAUAUCCAGAAGUUCCUGCCCAUCAUUGGGCAUGUGCAGGUUGCACAGGUCCCAGGCCGGGGGGAACCUGGAAGCCCUGGAGAGCUGAACUUCCCCUACCUAUUCCAACUUCUGGAAGAUGAAGGCUACAAAGGGUUUGUGGGCUGUGAGUACCGGCCUCAAGGAGACACAGCAGAAGGCUUGAGUUGGCUCCGUUCAUACUGGGAUAGGCGAGGCCACCCACAUGCCUCUCCUUGAUAGCAAGUGAACAUCCCGUGUCUCCUUGGAAUUAAAGACAACUUGUGGAACAUU